AUGCGUUACUUUUAUUUUUUCAUUCUUCUUGCAGCAAUUCCUUUGAUCGCUCGAUCAUUUUCCGUUCUUGAAGUCGAAUGUGAGACGGAUGAAAUUUUUAGCACCAUUUGUGACCAUAAAUUCACCACAGUAAGUUGCAAACUCGCAGACAUCCACGUUUUGCAUAAUUACAAAAAAAAUGGCACGCACAAAUUCCAUCAACAAGAGAUACUCAUCACGAAUUUGGACGAAGAGAAUUACACGUCGAUUAUCUUUGAAAACAUCGUAAGUCCCGUAUUUCCCGCAGAAAUUUUUCAACAAAUUCCUCAAUUAGGGAAAGUUAUGACUUCUUUUCAAGGCCACAAUAAAAUCGAGGUAAUUCCGGAUUUUACAUUUUCCAAUGCCACAAAUCUCAAAACUCUUGCAUUGCAUUUUUUGGAGCUGCAUGAUAUUACAGAAAAUGCGUUCUACGGAGCAACAGCUUUGAGACUUUUAGCUUUGGUUGGGUGUGAAUUGGAAAAAAUCCAUCGAAACGCCUUCAAAUCAUUGAAAAAUUUGAGAUAUCUGACUUUGGGACAUAAUUCUUUGGAAGAAAUCCCCCGAGAAUUGUUUGAGCCACUAACAGAAUUGAAAAAUCUCUAUUUAAACGACAAUCAACUGAAAUCUCUUCACGAAUUGACUUUUAUUCAAAAUACGAAUCUGAACUUCAUCGAAAUGCCGAAUAAUUUAUUGGAAAAUAUCACGUUGCAACUUCCUGAUAAAAUAAAAAAUCUAAAUUUUGAAGGUAAUCGAUUGAAAAAUCUCAGACUUACAGGAAACAAUGUGAAAUUAGAGACACUUUUACUUGAACGCAACCAAAUUGAGAAUUUUCAGAUCCCGUCCUUCAUUGAAUUGAAAAGAUUGAAUUUAAAAAAUAAUAAAAUUAAAUCUCUCGACUUUUUAACCAGCUGUUCACACUUAAAGUCACUUCAGAUCGAUUCAAAUCCAAUAACAGACUUGACUAAUUUAAGAAAUUGUCAAAAAUUGACUGAAUUAACUCUCGAAUCAAUGAAAGGUAUUAAAAUUACUCAAGACACGUUUUCAUCGUUAACGAAUCUCAAGUUCCUGUCAUUGAGAAACACGAAGCUCAACACUGUCGACGUCUCUUGGUUCAAAUCUUUACAAAAUUUGUACGGUUUGAUGUUAAGCGGAAUGGAUUUAAAAGAGUUGGAUUACGAGGAACUCGCCAAAUUGCCAUCUUUGAGGCGGAUUUCCAUUACAGACAAUAAUUUUAAUUGUUCUUACACGACGGAGAUGUUGAAGUUUUUGAAUACGACUCAAAUUCAGUUUUACGAAUUAUUUGGAGAAAUUUGUCGUGAAGAUUUGCCUUCCAAGAGGAUUGGGAUGUUUUGGAAAUUUUUGAUGUUUGUUGGAUUUUUUACGAUGAUAGCUGGAGUACUGGCAUUUGUCGUGAAGAAAUAUCAAUUGAGCAGAUUCAUCAGUUAUCGAUCAUCCACGAAUAUUAAUAAUUAAAGUAAAAAUUUUAAAAUAAAAACAUGUUGAAGUAAAGAAAUUUUGCUUCUUAAAUAUUCUCUGAAUAAAAUUCUGUUAAAAAUUCCAUUAAAAAAUUAUAUUUCUAAAGUUUUUUUUAAAUUUGAGCUAAAAAUUGUUGAAUGUCAAUUCGAAAAAUUACCGUUGAAAAUUUGAAAAUCGCCUUUUUGCUAAUUCAAAUUCA